AUGGCUCGCAAUCUUUCUCUAUCGAUCGACCAAUAUCAUGUGGGAGUAGUGUGCGCUUUACCCCACGAGUUGACUGCGGUGCGGGCCAUGCUGGACGACGUGGAUGAACCACUCCAGAGUAAAGAUGCGCAGGACAAUAAUAGCUACAUCCUUGGACGCAUGGGCCGACACCAUGUGGCGAUUGCAUGCCUGCCAGCAGGCGUCGAUGGGACCAAUGCUGCCGCCACCGUAGCCAAAGACAUGUUGAGAACACUCACUGGUCUGCGGUUUGGGCUGCUGGUGGGGAUCGGAGGGGGGAUCCCUGACCACCGGAGUGGUCGCGAUAUCCGGCUGGGCGAUAUCGUGGUCAGCCAGCCAGACCAUACCUUCGGCGGAGUGGUCCAGUACGAUCUAGGGAAAACCUUGAGAGGAGACGAGUUCAGGCGUAAAGGAUCCCUCAACAGCCCCCCAACCCUGCUUUUAACAGCACUUAAUUCUCUUCGAUCACAAACUGGGCUCCAAGAAAGCCCUGUACCCAGAUACCUCAAGGAGAUGACUCAAAAGCAUCCCGGUCUCGAAGAUGAGGGAUACAACCCCCCCGGUGUCGAAAAAGACUAUCUUCAUUGCACUCGAUGCGAUCCGUCCCAAUGGUGGUGGAUAUUGUGGACUUUGUGGCUCUGGCUCUGGCCGCUGUCACGUUGUGGGUUGUGUGAGGAUGGUCAGAUUCGGAGACCGUUACGGAGACACCAGAAUCCCAUGGUCCACUACGGGACGAUCGCGUCAGGGAACCAAGUGCUCAAAGAUGGCAGACUGCGAGACCGCCUGGGUCAGGAAUUCGGGGCGAUUUGUGUGGAAAUGGAGGCGGCUGGCUUGAUGAACAAUUUCCCUUGCCUGGUCGUGCGAGGGAUUUGCGACUACGCGGACCAUCACAAAAACGAUGCGUGGCAGAAGUAUGCGGCUACCACAGCGGCUGCAUACACUAAGUGGUUCCUGACGCACGUGACACCUCAGCAGACAGCUGGCGAGAGGCUGGUUCAGGAAGUCAUGGGUAUUUUAUCCGAUCAUUUAGAGGUUAGUAAGGAGAUGCUGAAAGAGACGAGACAGCAGUCCUCGAACGAAGAGACACGGUACCGGAAUGAUCAAUAUCAAGACUGUCAUCGGGCAUUCAAAACCAGCACGUACGAACAAUUCAAGGAUGUCAAUCCCGAUCGGGUGGAGGGCACUUGCCAAUGGGUAUUGUCCCACUCCCAGUAUCAGCAGUGGCUCACCAAGACCCAUGAUGACCUACUCUGGAUCUCGGCGGAUCCGGGCUGUGGCAAGUCGGUCCUCGCCAAAUCGCUGGUGGACAAUGAACUUCACAAUACUGAUCAGCAUACGGUUUGCUACUUCUUUUUCAAGGAUAACGAAGUGCAGGACAACGUGGCCACGGCUCUCUGCGCCCUCCUCCAUCAACUGUUCUCCCGUCAGCCUGAGCUAAUUCAAUAUGCAAUUCCGGCAUGGGAGAAGACUGGCGACAAGCUCGUGAAGGACGUGUCAGAGCUAUGGCGCAUAUUGGUCGCCGCCGCAAGAGAUGACCAGGCUCACGACAUGACGUGCGUUCUGGAUGCGCUGGACGAAUGUCAACUCUUGGAUCGACGGUGGCUGAUUAAGAUGCUUUCCCGGUUUUACACCCAGGUAUCAGCCUUCCCGUCGUCAAUGCGGCGAGGCCGACUGAAAUUUCUCGUCACUAGCCGGCCCUAUGAUGAUAUACAGGUGGAGUUCCAGAAGAUGCUGCACGAUCUCCCUACGAUCCGUCUAAGAGGUGAAGAGGAGAACGACCAAAUUCACCAAGAAAUCGACUUAGUCAUCCGAAUGCGAGUGGGAAAACUCGCGACUGACUUAAAAUUGGAUAACAACACCAAGGACCAACUGGAGACCCAACUUCUGGGGAUGGAGCAUCGCACGUACUUGUGGCUAUAUCUCGCGAUUGAGAGUAUAUACCAGACUUACCGUAACAGUUUCCGCCUGGAGGAAGCAUCGAUCCAGUUACUGCCGUCUAGCGUGGAAGACGCAUACGAGAAAAUUCUAAGUCGCAUUAAUCAGGAGCAGAGAGGCAAUGUGAAAAAGAUUCUCCAGAUUGUGGUUGGGACACGGCGGCCGCUCCAAGUCGAAGAGAUGGCCAUCGCACUCGGCAUAGCCACGUCAACUCACGCUAUAUCUCUACACAAGGCUAAACUCGACCCUAGGAGGCUGGAGAAUAAUAUUCGCGAUUGGUGUGGUCUCUUCAUCUUCAUUAACCAUGGGCGAAUAUAUCUCAUUCACCAGACGGCUAAGGAGUUUUUGGUUGGUGGGAGCGGUGCCACUACCUUUCUGUCUGGAUGGAAGCAUUGCCUCAAUCCGCGAGGCAUUGAGAGAGAGAUGACUCAAAUAUGCGUUGAAUUUCUGUCCUUUGACGAUGUCGCGGCAACAGCAAAGUCUUUUCUCCGCGAAUUCCAGAAUUACCACACUCCUAAUGACUUUUUUGAAGGAAACAAUCAUAACCAAAGUCAACAGCCGUUUAUACGACGUCUGGUUCCCAAUAUUUUGGCAGGCGGCGAAGCCAUAUGGCAACCUUCCGGAGAUGAGUCCGAUACGGCUUGGGGGACUUCUGGGUCAUGA